UUUGACUCGAUCAAAUUCUUUAUGUCCCGGUAUGAUGAACAGUUGGUCAACAUGGAAUGAAUUGAUGCAUGCAACUUCGAAGUGGUUGAAUUCGGAUUAUUCGACGUUGAUUCGCUGAAAAUUAUGCGACCAAAGAGCCUAUAAAUACCCCAUGAUCAGCAAUGGGUAGUACUCACAACGUCUUAGAACUGUUAAAGAGCUCUCUCCAAGCCAAUUUCAGUACUUAGGAAUUUUUUUUGUGCUAUCAAAACUUCUCUCUCUCUCUCUCUCUCUCUCUCUCUCUUGCUCUGUCUCUCGUUCUCAUUCUUGUUCUCUCUCUCUUUCUCUCUCUUGAACACAUUGCUUUGAGACAUGGAAGGACCAAAGUUACCCCUUCAGCUUCAGCCACCUACUUAUGGAAAACUGAUCACUGUUCUAAGCAUUGAUGGAGGUGGAAUUAGAGGGGUUAUCCCAGGAACAAUCCUCAACUUCCUAGAGUCCGAGCUUCAGAAAUUGGAUGGAGAGGAAGCAAGAAUUGCAGACUACUUUGAUGUGAUUGCAGGAACAAGCACGGGUGGUCUUGUGACGGCCAUGUUAACUGCACCUAACGAAAACAAUCGCCCUGUUUUUGCUGCCAAAGAUAUCACAGACUUUUACCUUGACAAUUGCCCUGAAAUAUUCCCACAAGUCAAAAAUCUGUUUCCUAAUACUACAAAGAUGAUCAAAGCCCUAACGGGACCGAAAUAUGACGGAAAGUAUCUCCACAACCUCGUUAAAGAAAAACUAGGAAGUACGAGACUGCACCAGACAUUGACUAAUGUUGCGAUCCCGACUUUCGAUAUCAAGCGACUCCAACCAACCAUCUUUUCCUCCUACGAGGUGAAGAACAAUCCAAGCUUGGAUGCUUUACUUUCAGAUAUAUGCAUUUCAACCUCAGCUGCACCAACUUAUCUUCCUGCUCAUUACUUUGACACCAAAGACUCCGAUGGAAAAGUGAGAGAAUUCAACCUAAUUGAUGGUGGCGUGGCGGCUAAUAAUCCGACUUUGAUUGCUAUAGGCGAGGUAGCAAAGCAGAUCAUGAAGCGAAAUACAGACUAUUCUUCUAUAGAGAAAAUGGACUACGGUCGGCUUAUGGUUAUUUCACUAGGAACUGGCACAGCGAAAAUCGAAGAGAAAUAUGUUGCGAAUGAUGCUGCAAAAUGGGGUUUGUUGAGUUGGUUAACUAGUGAUGGCUCUAGUCCAUUGAUUGAUGUGUUUAGUCAUGCCAGUGCCGAUAUGGUUGAUUUACAUCUUAGUGUGAUUUUUCAAGCCCUUCACUCCGAAAAGAACUAUCUUCGGAUUCAGGAUGACUCCUUAACCGGUGUAGUAUCCUCUGUGGAUGUUGCUACCAAGACAAAUUUGGAAGAUCUGGUAAAAGUUGGGGAAGGAUUAUUGAAGAAGCCAGUUUCUAGGGUUAAUUUGGACACAGGUCUCAAUGAGCCUUGUGAUGACGAGACUAAUGAAGAAGCUCUCAAAAGGUUUGCAAAGAUACUCUCCCAGGAGAAGCGAAACCGUGAUAUAACAUCGCCGCGUGGAGUCUCUGCAAAUUAAUCUGCAAAGGACUUGAAACUAAUUAUUUGUUGAAUUUGUUUAUUUGAAAUUGUGCAAAUUAGGCGUUCACCUUUCACUUUAUUUUGCUUUUUUCCAUGAAUAAUGUCCCAUUAGGACAAUUUGAUGAAUUAAUUUAUUUUUAUUGUGAUAAAACCUCGACAGAUUGGAGGGAAAUAGCUUGGACAUGUAAGCAAUAAAUCAGCGAUAUAUACUGAAUUCCAAAUUAUUAGUUGAA